AUGGAACCACAUCCCAGGAGCGUUGAGUACUUGACGACCACGUUGGACCCGCAGCUGAUUGCUAACUUUCUUCAGUCCGAGAUGCCAAUUCGCUAUGCAGAGCGUAUUCGUGCCCUGGAAAAGGUGCCGGAAUGGCGAAGAAUCCCGGACCUAGUCGACGUACAUGAAAUCCACAUCGAUUCCUUCAAAUCGUUUCGCAGUUCAACGCCGGAAAACUUUGCCGAGACAUCGCACAAGGCCCUGUUGACGGAGCAGCCGGUUGUGGAGAAACUCGCCAAAUCGGUGCACCAACUCCGCAAUGAUGUGGGCGAGGACAUCUCCGAUGAAUUUGUGUCGAAAUUCUUGGACGAUUUUUUGCUGAAUCGCAUUGGAUGUCAUGUGCUGCUGGGACACUACUUGGCUUGUCGCGCAGGUCAGAAGAAUGGAAUCAUUGACAUUCGAUGCGACACUGGACUGGUGUGCCGUGCAGCUGCCAAGGCUGUGGCGGAGAUGUGUGUGGAAUGUACGGGUAGCAGACCGCAUGUUUCUGUUCAUGCGCAUUCGGCGUGUGGUGGCAAGGGUGUGGAUGAUGGUCAGGUUCCGCGCUUUCCCUAUAUGCCACACGUUUUAAAAUAUAUUGUCGGCGAGUUGCUCAAAAACAGCUGCCGAGCAACGAUCGACAUACUGAAAGCUCAUGAUGUGCAUGCUGCCGACUUCCCGAUCAAAGUCAUCAUAUGCGCAGAUGAAGAUCACGUAACAAUAUGCGUGGCUGAUCAAGCUGGAGGAAUUCCACGCGAGGCGAAUGCAUGGUCAUAUUUGUAUACAACGGCAAAAGAUGGCUACGGUGGCUCCAGAAAGCUUGCUGGCCACGGGGUAGGUCUUCCUUUGUCGCGCUUGUAUGCCCGAUACCUUGGUGGUUCGCUUGAUUUGGUGUCCCUGCCUGGAUAUGGGACUCAUGCAUAUAUCAACCUGCCCAGAGUCCAAUCACAACAAGUAGAAGUGGUGCCAGAUGCGGACUACACAUACGACUAUGCGAGCUUGUUGGACUUUACUGUGUGA